AUGCCGCCCAGAAUACCCGGUUCUUCGGGGCUCCAGAGCUUGACAUUAUGCCUCCGGCCAGCGACAGCAGCCCGACGAGUCGCGCCAUCCUUCCAACUGCUGGUUCAGAAGGCCAAUCUCAGCGAUGAGCCGCCAGCCCUCACCCAGAAAGAAAGAGAUGCCCUUCGCAAGGAGAAGCUAGACCCUUACCGGUGGCAGCAGGCGCAACAACGGAAGAACCGCAACAUUGAGCGCCAGAGAGUGCUCAAAGGCGAGCGCGACUUGGAAUGGGGCGACCCCAUCCACGGCAUCGUCACGCCCUUCGUCGAGUCUUUCGACACCGCCGGCCAGUCGACGCGAUCCAAGGUCAGCAAGGACGAGGACGGUAACGAGCUAGAGCAGUCGCACGAGCUGCCCACCUCGGAGCACAUCCUCAACUACCAGCUCACGAAGCAGGAGCUGGAGGAGGCCAUCGCCGAGGCCUACAAGCUGACCGCGCCCGUGGAGGGCAACAUCAAGUCGGUGUUCUACAACGAGGUCGUCGAAAAGGAGGCGCCGGUGGAGCACGAGGCGAUGCACAAGCGCGCGGUCGAGGCCCUGGACAGGAUCACGACGCUUGAGAACGCCAGCAGCAAGGACAGGCGGCACGCCAACAUCCGCCGCAUCAUCGAGACAUUCGGCCGCCACCAGACCGAUGAUAAGGUGCGCCAGAAGCCGAUGGUCGCGGGCCAGGCGGAGCGGGUCGAGAAGAUCCGCGGCGGGCCCGACACGGGGUCCUCAGAGGUGCAGAUCGCCAUCCUGACGGCCAAGAUCAGGGUCCUCGCUGCCAUGUAUGAGGGCAAGAAGGGCAACAAGGACAAGCACAACAAGAAGAACCUGCGGCUGCUGCUUCACAGGAGGCAGAAGCUGCUCAAGUACAUGGAGAGGAGGGAGAGGGGAAGCGGCCGGUGGGAGCACAUGAUCCAGACGCUGGGCCUGUCGCCUGCAACUUACAAGAAGCAGAUCGAGGUGAGGUAA